AGCAUUUUGGCAAUGUUGUCAGAUUUAUUACCAGUUGUGCUGGGCAGGUAAAUAUCGUCGCUUUAUUGAGAAUAUUUUAUUUUUCUUUAAUGGUUUUCAACACGAUAACGAUGUUGUAAUAGUUGGAAAGAUACAUGAAGAACUCAUCUUCCUAUUGAAACAUAGAAAUGUCAUCAAUAAUGGAUUGUAAAAGAUAACCGAGUGUCUGUAAUGAACUCGCUCACGAUAUUGGCACUGAGAAAUGGAGAGACAGCAGUGUAAUUCACUUCAAAACUUUGAUGAACCUAAAACAGAAAUUUUGAAAAAAAGAUUAUUGAAAUCAGCAGCCAACACUAAUAUAACACAAAACAGUCCUCAGCAGAAUGUGCUACUGAAUACAUUACGCGCGCCAAUAUCGAGCAGCAUGAUCGUGUCCUCGAUGCAGGCCUCUCAAAGCUCAUUACCUAUAACACACAACUUAGUUACCCAUUCUAUUGCUCCUGUUAAAAUACACCCAAACAACUCCCCAUACCCCUUGCAACUAUCCACUGUGCAUGUUCCAGUACAAAUACCAGGCUCCACCUCCAAUAUUAAUGUCCCUGUCCAAAUAUCCGGACCUACCAGUACAGUGCCAUUACAGAUUGCACCGGUCAGUCUUCCUCUUCAAGUCUCGGGAACAACUAGUGUACCAGUACAAUUAUCAGCUGGCGAGACUAUAAAUGUUCCCUUACAAAUUCCAGCAGCCAAUCAAAAUAUUCAACUUCCAACAUUGCCCUCUAUGCCAGUAUUACAAAAUCAUAAUCAGUCCCUCCACAGUUCCAUAAUUCAAGUCCACAUGGGUUCAAAUCCAAGAUCAACCAACAUGGAUUGCAACUCUGACAUGACAGUGUCAAGCUCAUCUCAUCUGCAGAUGACAGACACAUCUAUAUCUCAAGUUAAAGUUAACAAUCCCCUUCCACAAGUACAAGUAGGGCACAACAAUGCAGUAUUGCAAAUGCAGAAUGCUGCAAAUUCUAUUCAAAUCCGAGGAGCUCCAAGGCAGGUGCCACACGUGCCGCAUGUGGUCUACAUCCAAACUCCAACCGGCCUGAAGCCAGUCACAAGUACAGACGUCAUCACCCAAGCAAGUACAAGUGGAAACCCACCACAAAUCAUAGUAAGGAGACCAGUAACCAGCAAUUCGAACUUACAUUUAAUACCAAAUGUAAGUACCAAACCCAACAUAGCCCCCAAGGUGUCUGCGCAGAACAAGUCUUCCAUCCUCGCUCCAGUCAAUGCUAGUCAGCCAAUAGUCAUACAGAAGCCAAAGUCUAAUGACAAAAUGAUAGUCCCCGUCAGUAUUGCUCCUGGCAACCCUAACAAGCAGGCCAUAGCAUAUCUCGGCUCAAUGAAGAAACCCAACCAAAAGAACAUAUCUGAGAACCAAUCUAUUCUCAUAUCAAACAAUCAAGCCAACGUCAAUGCUAACAAUCAGAAACUAUUUAUAACUCCUAUGAAUAUGCCUAAAAUUCAAAACACAAAAUUCAUUUUGCCUGUUACUUUGCCUGCAACUAUGGCUUCCAAGGGUCCUAUCAUCAAUCUACAAAUAGCCAAUGGACAAAUACAAAAUGAUCCUCAAGGCAAUAUUACAGUCAUGAGAGAUACUGCAAUGGAUACACAGGACAUGCCACCGUUGCAGCCUCUGGGAAAAGUUCUUAUAAAUGGAAAAGAACCUCAAAGCCCCAAAGGAGAGAAGGCAUUCACACUAUCCAUACCGGGGUCUAGAGCGGAACCAACCGGCGAGCAAGGAGAAUACACGCUUUCUAUACCCGAAACCAACGCAGCAAUGAAUGACGAUCUUUAUACCGUGUCGAUAGCAGAUGAAGAUGGGGCUCAUCGGGAGAAAUCCUUCACUUUAGCUAUCCCUGAAAAAGGAAAAAGUUUACUGAACAGAAACAUGAUAGAAAGACAUGAUGUGGGAACAGUAACAAUAGCUGCUCCUGCAAUUCUCAGGCGUUCCAAUUCAGAUAACAGUGAGAGAAAAAUAUCGAACGCAAGCAUGAAAAGGCGUAUUUCGUUAUGUGCAGAAAACUUAUCAAAUAAGAAUACGCGAUUGGCGCCACUCCCGCAGAGAAUCGAUAAAAUUGAAGAUGUGCCUGCAGAGGCUGACAACAAUGACGACCAUCGGGUGCCCUCGCUCUUCUGUGACGAGAAAUUGGAUAAAGAUUUAGAGGCCAAACACCUCGAUUCAGAUCCUGAAGAUUAUAAAGACAGCAAACCUGAAACACUUAAUGAAAUUAGUCCUGCAGAAAUAUAUUUUAAUAAAAUAGAAGAUUUUACCAAGGAUGAAAUUAAAGAAGGUCUUGUAGAGGAGGAUCCACCUGGACUAAUAUGGAAUAAUGGAGUUGCUAGAUUACAAGGCAGCAAUUUACAAUUUCAGACUAACGAAUUUGGUCUUAUUGAUUUGCUAGACAGCAGUGACCCAGAUGAAGGUGCAAAUAAUGUGAAAUACCACACUCCGAUGAAGCAACGAAUUGACAGGAAUAAUAAAAAACCUAAUUCUCCUGAGGAUAUGUACCGCUGCGAAUGUUGCGGCUGCCACGGCAUGGCUGCAGAGUUCAUAACGCCCAACUUCUGUAGUGCUGCAUGUCAGACUGAAGUACAAAAAGCUUUGCAAAAGAAAAAAGACAGGGAACGCGUCGAUUUAGUUAAAAAGAAGAAUAAAAUAAAGAAAUUGUUAAUGAGGAAACAACUUUCAGAGUCUGAUAUCGUAUCUGAAGGAAAAGAUGAGAAAGUUUUACUUAAGCACUAUGACUCUCUGCCAGCAGACCAAUUAUCUGAGGCAGCUUUAUUAAAAAUGAGUGAAGAUUUAAUAGAGAAUGAAAAAUACCCGUGGAUGUGUGGAAAGAACGGAUUCUCCUGGAUGCGGUAUCUCGACAUUUGCAAAGCGAAGGCUGCGCCUGUUAAGCUAUUCAAGAAUCCAUUUCCUUACAACAGGAAUGGGUUUAAGGUAGGCAUGCGGUUGGAAGCAGUAGAUCCACAGCACCCGUCAAUAUUUUGCGUGGUCUCUGUUGCUGAAGUUCAGGGCUACAGGAUGCGGCUACACUUCGACGAGUACCCAGACGUGUAUGACUACUGGGUGAACGCUGACUCCAGCGAGAUAUUCCCGCCGGGCUGGUGCGAGAAGAAUGGCCGGUCGCUCAAGCCGCCAGGCAACAUGUCCUCAUCUAAUUUCUCGUGGCCUCUGUACCUGAAACAAAUGAGAGCAGUCGCCGCGCCCAGGAAUUUGUUCCCGCAUGUCACCGCUGCGAUCUUCAAACCGAACUGCUUCCGUGUGGGCAUGAAGCUAGAAGCCGAAGACCGUAAGAACGACUUAGUGUGCGUGGCUUCGAUAGCCGACAUCUUGGACAACAGGAUGCUGAUCAACUUCGACUCGUGGGACGAAAUGUACGACUUUUGGGUAGACCCCACCUCGCCCUACAUACACCCCGUCGGCUGGGCUGAGGAAAACGGAGUACCUUUGACUCCCCCUAACUUUUACAAAGAUCCCGAUACGUUCUCGUGGGAGAACUACCUGGCUGAGACAGGGGCGUCGCCAGCGCCGCCUCGCGCCUUCAAGCCUCGCCCGCCGCAGGGAUUCAAACCGGGCAUGAAGCUUGAAGUUGUUGACAAAAGGGUGCCGUUCCUAAUCCGCGUGGCGACGAUAAUCGCGGUGAAAGGCCACCAGGUGCAGGUGUCGUUCGACGGCUGGCCCGAGGAGCUCGCCUGCUGGUUCGACGACGACUCCCCCGACCUGCACCCUGUGGGCUGGUGCCUGAAGACUGGGCAUCCACUCGAGCCGCCGCUCACGGCAGAAGAGCUUCGCAUCGUGGGUCCUUGCGGCGUGGGCGGGUGCCGUGGACUGGGCUCAGUGCGCGGAGGUGCACAUAAGCACCACUCCGCCGCCUCCGCCUGCCCCUACCGCUCCCUGCCGCCGCGUCCGCCAGACCGCCUCGCGCCGCCGCGAGACGGCGAGCAUGUGCUGCCGCGCGAGCGCAGAGUGCUCACCAAACAGCCCAAGACGAAUUCAAUACACGCGAGUACACCCACCAGCGAAACCAAGGAUACUAGACCUCGAGGAAGGCCGCCUAAGCAUAAGCGAAUAGAAGAAGUUGCCAAGAAUGACCCGUCGGACGACGAGUCAGUGUCGAGCGGCGGCGGCAAGCGCUGGCGCGGCGCGUCGGGCUCGCGCACGCUGCGCACGUACUCGCGCGCCUCGCAGCCGCCCGCCGCGCCGCUGCGCGACCGCCUCGCCGCCGCGCUCGCCGCCCACCGCGCCGCGCUCGCGCUGCCGCACGACCCCACCGUCUGGACACAGAGCGACGUGGCAGCGCUGGUGAGCCGGAUCGCGGGCAGCGGCGCGGGCGCGCUGGUGGCGGCGGCGCGGCUGGGCGGCGCGGAGCUGCUGAUGGCGUCGCGCGACGAGCUGGUGCAGUGCGCGCGGCUGCGGCUGGGCCCGGCCGUCAAGGUGUACAGCGCCGUGCGCCUGCUGCGCCACGACGCCACGUGAUCGCCCGCCACGGCUGCCCUGCUGCACAUCCUCAUGUGAACGGCCGGGACCUACAGUCACAAGCAUUAUAGUGUUUCCCAAGCCAAACUAAUGCUCACUGUGUGGAACGUGUAAAUAGGACUUCUAGUGAAGACAAACGUCUAGUGACGAUCUGGCUCAUUAAUUAGUGUCAACUGUGCGUCUUAGCAUUCUUAUGUGUUUCUAAACUCGUGCUCCUUGUAUUAAAUGUGUAAAUACCACUUCAAGUGAAAACAAAGUUCUUCUGACAUGUUCAGAUUUUCUAAGAACUAUUUUGUGUUAUGAAUUGACCGGUUUCGGCAGAUUGAUUUAGAUUGAUUGUAUAUUGUGAUUUUUCUGUUUGUUACCAGUAGUGAAAUGGAUUUUUACUGUGCUUAAAGAUAACGAAUUAUAUUUUCAUGCUCAAUGGCUUAAUUUGAGCAUUACCUUGUGUUUGGUUCUAGCUAGAAAAAAUAUGGACUUUUAUUUUAUCAUAGCAAUCAAACUAAUUGACUAUAUUGGCCAAAUUAGAUUGUGCAUAGAUUAAUGCUUGAUGUUAAUAUAUUUUUUGACUGUUGUAAUAUUUAAGAUUUUACUUGAGUGAUGUUUAUUUUUUUCUAAUUUGUCAACUAUAAGAAGAUGAUGAAAUUAGGCAAUAUAAAUAAUAAUUUUUAUUAUUGUUUGCAUCAAGCAAUACUGUAUGUAAGCACAAAGCGCACGAACUGAACGAGGCUUUAAAUGCGGCGGUUGUGAUUGUAUGCAAUCUUAGUAUCGUGACUUUACAUAAUAAAUAUUUAAGAAAUUGAAUUUAAUGGCAAAUAUUUUGAUCUUUGAAUAUAAUCAGUUAAAUGAAUCGUAAAUGGAUUAUCAUGUUAUAAAUUUCAACCACCUCCUAUCCUUUUGAAAUCAGUCUGUAAGAGAGCAAAAGUCUACUGAGAUCACAUUUAAAACCUAUACUAUAUAUAUUUAUUACCUAUACUAUAUGUAUAAAGUCACACCCUUCCAAUGAAACAAAUCAAGAUAGGGAUUCUGUUAUUGUAUACAUACAUAAUCAAUGGCUUAUAUCAUGGUUUUACGUCAAUUUUUUCUUGGGGAUCAUAUCACUUAUGAUGAUGCAAGACAUAUUCCAUGACCAAUGUCAACCUGUAACUGAAUACAUAAACAUUUGUUGAGCCUUAGCUGUACAUGUACCAAGUGUAAUACUUAGAUUUGCACUCAAUGCCCAUAUCACAUCUCUUAUGUGUUGGUCUGUGCUCUCAAGUGCUUUAUGAAUUUAAACUUGCAAGAAUUGUUCAUUGUUCUUUAGUCUCGACUUUUUGAGACUUAUAGAGGUGUUGUAUUUGUAAAUAUUUAAUUAUGUACAUAGCUAAACAUUUUGUGCAAUCUAGUGUUAAAACAAUCUAACCAAUACUUGUCACUUUUGUGUUAGGAAUCCCUAUGUGUUAAAAUUUAUAUUAUCUUAAUUUAUGAAUUUUGUCUUAAGAAUAUUUAGUUUACUUUGAUUAGCUGUAAGUAAAGAAUGGAAUUAUUAUUUUGUGUGAAGAUAGCAUUAUCAGUUUCUUUUAAAUUAGCAUAUGCAAAAAAUAAUGAGUUUUCAUAUCAAUGAUAUUAGAAAAGGACAAACGAAAAAUAAUGUUAAAUAUUUACUGAAUGGAAAUGUGUGUAUUCAUUAAAGUAUUGGAAAUGAGAAUAAUUUAAGCAAAGAAAUUUGAUUUCAUUGGAAUAAGUUUUCUAUUUUGGUCUAAGAAAGUACUCAUGUUUCCAUGAAAAUCAUAAAUUAAGAUGGAAAUACUUAUUUUAUCAGUGUAAAUAUACUGUAGGCGGCUGGAGUAUUUUUAUAGCUGCCACAGUUGUACAUAGGUCUGUAAUUUACGAUGUAAGUUUUUACACGACGACUAGUUAGUAUUAUAGUGCCAUUUCGAUUGGCACCAAAUAUUUUAUUGUUACUCUGUAAUUUAAUAAAAAUUAUGAAAGUCA